CAUGGUUGUCUGCCACGCAGGCACACUGAAUUCAGCCAACCGCAGUGGAUGGGUGGGAUCAGUCCGGUUGUAGCCACGUAGCUAGCUAACAACGUUAGCUGUGCAGCUAACGUCAGCAAACGUCAACAUGGACUUGCCACAACAGGGGUACCGAGCAACUAAACCGAGAGCUCGUGCACCCCCCCCCACAGCAGACUCUGUGCUGUUUGAUGACACCAGCUCUGCAGCACCAGCAAUGAACAGUCAAGGAUACUACACUCCUGGGUACAAUAUGGCAGGACCCCAAAAUGACAUGCAAGGGGGUGCUGGGCCGAACAACAUGUUUGCUGACCCGAUGGCCAACGCUGCAAUGAUGUACGGCUCCUCUUUAGCAAACACAGGAAAAGAUAUGGUGAACAAGGAGAUCAGCAAGUUCAUGUCUGUGAACAAGCUGAAAUACUUCUUUGCCGUCGACACCAGAUAUGUGUUGAAGAAACUUAUGAUCCUCAUGUUCCCCUACACACAUCAGGAUUGGGAAGUGCGUUACCAUCGGGACACGCCACUGCCUCCACGACAGGAUGUGAACGCACCAGAUCUCUACAUACCAACGAUGGCUUUCAUUACCUACAUUUUACUUGCUGGAAUGGCCCUCGGCAUUCAAAAACGGUUCAGUCCCGAGGUUCUUGGUCUGUGUGCCAGCACCGCCCUCGUGUGGGUCAUCAUCGAGGUGUUGGUGAUGCUGUUGAGUUUGUACCUGCUGACGGUGCACAGCGACCUGUCAACAUUUGAUCUCAUCGCCUACAGUGGAUACAAAUAUGUCGGGAUGAUCUUCACAGUGUUGUGUGGCUUACUGUUUGGCAGCGAUGGUUACUAUGUGGCCCUUGCCUGGUCCUCUUGUGCCCUUAUGUUCUUCCUUGUUCGAUCUCUGAAAAUGAAGAUCAUUCCCUCCACGGACUCCAUGGGAACCGGAUCAAGUGCCAAACCUCAAUUCCGUCUUUACAUCACUGUAGUGAUUGCAGUGUUUCAGCCCAUCAUUAUAUAUUGGUUAACCUCUCACUUGGUCAGGUGACCGUGAAGCAUUUCUUCACCUGAAAUCCAAGUGUAUUGGACCCAAAACAUUUGGUUGUUGAGUGUUUGUACUCCUGCCUUUAUACACUCUUUUGUUGGUAAACUCAAAACAAAUGUAGAUGGUGUUGAACUGCAGUGUGUGUUGAGCUUGUCAGAUAGACCUGUUGAUUAAUGAAAAGGCUUCAUUGAUUUAACCACAAAGUGUGACACAGAAAAUGUCUCAGUGAACGUUGUUUUUCUCCAUGAGUAACUCUGACAAAUGCUUAUUUUUGGCCAUCUAACUUUGAAAACAAAGGCUUUCAUUGUGAGAUGUGUUUAAUCUCAACUCAAAUUCAGUUCUAAUUCCCUUUUAUAAAAUGUCCCAUGAUUUACAGUAUUUUCACGCAACGAUAAACUCACCCCACAGACAUAAAACUCACAUUGCACACAUGAGUCAAGUACCAUUUUCUGGUAUGGUGAUGUUGCUGCAUUAUCUUUCUUGUAAGUCCUGAAUUUUAUUUAAAUACAUUUGAAAAAGCAUGACAAUGUUUGGAUUUUUCUAGAAAAAAUAAAUAUAUUAAGCUUUGUGUAUUCGA